GAUGAGUCGAAUGAAGUCGAGGAGACUUCUCUUGUGUCGACGCCGCAGAACACGCAGAACCCGGAACCCCCAAGUUCGGGCGCGCCACUUGGGCUAGCGAACGAGUUGAGGGUGAAUUUGCCCGCUGCUGUGACCGGCAGGGAUGCGCCGACGCCGACGCCAGGCGGGGGUGUGCCUCUGCCUGCGUUGGGCGCGUGACGUCUGCACUCGGGAACGGGUAGGAGAGGUAUCUACUUCGCUCUCGCCUUUUCGCUGCAAAAGAGUGUCGAGUUGCUUGGCUUCUGCGGGAGGUUUAUACUGAAGCGUGUCGCUCGAUGUUCAUAAACUUUUGGACUUUCCCACCUGCUUUAUUACGCUAUGUACGACCUAGUCGCGGUGUAUACCGUCUUCAUGUAGCCCCCAGCGAACUGGCAGGUUCUCCGACCGUCCCCAAACUCCAUUUUCGCCUGCAUCCCCCCGUUCCCUCACGGCGCCAUGUUCAAAAUUCCGGGCGGCUCUCCCAUAGCAAUGCUCGAACUAAUUUUUUCCAUUUGCCUAUCAUCUGCGCUGAAACUGAACAUCGGAUGAUCGUUAGUUUUGUAAGGGGUGAUUUUCGUCUACAUCGGUUUUCGAGGAAGGCGGGCAGAAGUUUAUGUGGCCGCGGUUCUGUCCGAUCACGAGGAGCGAAGUCGACACCAUCGAAGGUCAUGCUGGUCAUAGCAGGAAAAAGCAGUUCGUCUACGAGCGCCUCCAAGAAAUACAGAGCCGUGUGUUGGCCGUGAAGAUGCAAAUGCUGUAGAUGCACGAGCGUUCCCGUGCUACGCUCGGACUCAACCUUCGUGUGCAGGUAGGUGAAAGGGAGGUAGUUCGCCCAUGACCCGUAUUCCCUUUUACGAAGAUCGUAAAGGAGUGCGGGAUUGCUUUUCGGUAGAUCAUUAAUGACGGGUUGGCGUGUUGUCCACGCCCGAAGAUCGAGUUCGGAGACUUUGAUAGUGUGGAAGUGUUGCGCGCCGCCCUGCGACCGUUGAAAAAAGUCAAUGAUACCUAAGAAAAGAGAUCCGCGGUCCGACACAGAGCCAGUGGUGAUAUGAACAGAAAGACUGAGCCCGUGAAUUGGCUCAAGGCGUGAUAGCAAGGCCAUACAGCUAGCGGGGUCGUUCGUCAAUCGCAAUGACUUGAGCGCACGUAGCUUGAUUAUGCCGUCUGACGAUGACGAAGCUGACUCCUCAUCCGCAUAUCCAUCCUCGUCCCCCUCGUCCCCCUCGUCCCCUUCGUCCCCUUCUUCCCCUUCUUCCCCUUCU